AUGGUGAUCAGUGGAUUAGCCGGCGUCUCGGCCUUUUUAAUCAUGGUAGGUGCUGUGGUCGCCUACUACGCCAAGAAACGAGGGCCGGACGGCGUGAUUGCGAUUGCGGAUGAUGAGGCAGGAAAGUUAAUGUCGGAACACACCCCCACCAGCUUGAUCUUUAAAGAUAUCAGCUAUCAAGUCAACAGAAAGGUCGUUUUACAAGAUGCGUGUGGCUUUGUCCAAGCAGGACAAGUCAUGGCCAUCAUGGGGCCUUCAGGGGCAGGUAAAACCACGUUGCUUGAUAUUCUUGCCAAACGUACGAAAGCAGGCGUUUCUUCAGGCAGCAUCUAUCUCAAUGGUCAGACACUGGAUCAUUCCCAUUACAAAAAGCUCAUUGGCUAUGUGGAUCAGGAAGAAGUGAUGAUACCCACCUUGACUGUGUACGAAACCAUUCUUUAUUCUGCUCUUUUGCGUCUUCCCAAAUCGAUGAGCCAGGCCGCGAAAAAAUACCGUGUCAUGGAAGUCAUGCAAGAACUGGGCAUUGAUGCCAUUAAGGACGCCAAAAUUGGACAGCCCGGUGCGCGCUCCAUCAGUGGCGGCGAACGUCGCCGUGUCGCGAUUGCUUGCGAACUGGUCACGUCGCCUUCCAUCUUAUUUCUGGACGAACCUACGAGUGGACUGGAUGCUUACAAUGCCUUUAAUGUCGUCGAAUGCUUAGUGGCGCUUGCCAAAAACUACAAACGUACCGUGGUGUUCACGAUUCAUCAACCCCGAUCCAACAUUGUCACGUUGUUUGACCAGUUGGUGCUGCUUGCUCAAGGACGCGUGAUCUAUUCAGGACCUCAAGAGGAAUGUCAACACUACUUUAGACAGAUUGGUUAUCCUUGCCCUCCAGGGUUCAAUAUUGCGGAUUAUAUUAUUGAUUUGAGUAUGGGCGCUGUCAACCGGGUCCCUCAUUUACCCUCGCAGAUUGUAAGUACCUCCGCCGACACCCGUGGUUUUUCUGCAGCGGACGCGUUGGCAGCCGUAGGGCUUCCUCCACCGUCGAGUAUGUACAGUGAUAUUGAAAACACCACUGAGCAGUGGGCCUCUGAAUUAGGGUCUCGAGAGCGCACUGCCAAACAGCCUUCUCCAUUAACCACAGGUAGGGAGAGCAUGACGACGACGACGACCAGUAGGGUGCCCCAGGUCAUUGUAGAGCAGGAAGCACAAGGAGAUGGCCUGUCGUCUCAUCUGAGAGAUUUGGUGGCCUAUUAUGAUAAUAGCAUCAUUGCCAAUGCGCUCAAAGAAACUAUCCAGAAUGUGAUCAUGAAAGCUCAGCAACAGCAUAUAAGUGAUGAGGAUGAGGAGGAUCGUCAGGAAGAAGAAAAUUCAUCCAUCAGCACGAACAGUAUCAUCAUUUAUAAGCGACCGGGUCCCAUUGCUCAAUUUCAGAUUCUGGCCAACAGAACGUUCAAGAAUCUGUAUCGCAACCCUAUGUUGAUGUUUAGUCAUUAUGCUAUGGCUGUCCUUCUUGCCUUGGUCUGUGGUGGUCUCUUUUAUAAUGUUUCCAAUACCAUCGCAGGCUUUCAAAAUCGUAUGGGUCUCUUUUUCUUUUAUGAGGCCCUUCUUGGUUUCAUGUGCCUUACUUCUCUACAAGUGUUCAGCGGUGAACGUAUUUUAUUUGCACGCGAACGGGCCAAUGGUUAUUACUCUCCUACCACUUAUUUCCUGUCCAAAGUAUUGUUUGAUAUCAUUCCUCUCCGCGUCGUCCCGCCUUUAAUGAUGGCCAUCAUCACGUAUCCUAUGGUGGGAUUAGUGGAAGGAGUGCCCGAGUUUUUUAAAUUCUUACUCGUGCUCGUUUUGUUCAAUCUGACGGCGGCUGCUUUAUGCUUGGCUAUUGGUGUUGUCGUAAAGAACCUUUCCAUAGCCAACUUGUUGGCGUGUAUGGCUAUUUUGUUCUCCAUGUUGUUUGCAGGUCUUUUAUUAAACAAAGAUACCAUGCCUGCUUAUUUCAGUUGGCUCAAAUACCUCUCGUUUUUCAAUUAUGCACUGGAGGCCAUGUUGGUCAAUGAACUUUUAUAUCUCCAACUCAUUGAAGAACGAUUCGGUCUCAAGAUUGAUGUGCCAGGCGCUACUAUUUUAUCCACGUUUGGAUUCAAUGCCAAGAAUUAUUGGCCAGAUGUCAUUCGUUUAAGCGGCAUGUUUGGCAUUUUCAUCUUGAUAGCCUAUAUAGGGCUUGUAUUCUUUGUUAAAGAAAGAAGAUAA